UUAAAAUUUUGUUUGAUUAAUAAAGUGGAAUUAGAAGUACGAGUAGGAACAGAAAUAUAGUCAAGUGCUGUACGAGGUAAAGAAUGGCUGUACGAGUGAAUACGAGAAAAUAAGACAGGCCAAGUACACGUACGAUCAAAACGACUCUUACACCUCCCAUAUCUGUGAUUAAAGUUUCUAAAGAAAAGUGAGAAUCUUUUACACCGCAGUGUAUACGUACUUUAUCUCAUUCUUCCGAUGAGAGAAGUCACCGAAUUAACAAAUCCAAGAACAAACAAGCUUAUGAAAAUAUAGUAUAAAAGUCUAAAGUUUUAUUAGUAAAUAACUUCUCUUCAUCCGCUCCACAAACAACAAUGAAUCUUCUACCCGCUGAAACAAACCUUGAUAUCCUCAAAUGCCUCAACUUCAACCAAAUAAACAACUGCCAAUUAUCAAAUCGCCGUUUUUCUGAAGUGAUCGUCAAAUACAACAAAGAAUUGGCUACAAUAAAAGUGUUUUAUUCUGUUGAGUUGAUUGUUUGGAAAAAUUAUGUUUGUCAGGAUUUGGUGGAGUAUGGUGGACCUAAUGAAUUGGACUUGGAGCUAAGUGAGGAGACUAAAUUAAAGUGGAAAGCAGCAAUUCAAGAACGGAUUCCACUUUACUUCUACUUCACCAGCUACUCUCCUCGGAAAAAAUUUGAUGUGGCACUUGAUGAUUAUGGAAUGAAUGAAGUUGCCUAUUUGUUUUUGGUACCGAAAGAAUCUGGUGGACAAUCGCCUAAAUUUCUUCGAUUAAAAUUACACCAAUACCCAGAAACAAUAGAAGAAAUGCUUGUAUUUCGUUACUGGUUGGAAAAACUUUCAAAUUGCUUCAUUGAAAACUUCAAAAUCGAGCAAGGAUAUAUCAAUCCGGAAAUUUUUCAAUUAUUUUUUGGCGAUUCUCCGUUGAAAUUCCACACAAACUGUUUCUAUCUUUAUGAUGAAGAAGGGGAAUAUUUCCCUAAAGGAUAUCAAUUUAUGUACCAUCAUGUGGUUAUUCAUGGAUCUAAAGGCUUCUAUUACCAAUAUCCUGACUGGAACAUGCGCGGCGAAAUGAUAAAAGAUGAAGAACGUCAUUUUAUCGGAGAGGAUGUUGAAGAAUUUUGCAAAGUUGCUGAGUACAAAUUAGAUGGAGUAGAUGAUCCGAGGGACAGCGGGAUAUUGUAUGUGUGCUUCCAACUUGGCUCUAAAGAACCGUUCUUUUUUGAAAUCCUAGGACCUGGAAUGAUGUAA